GUUUGCGACAGUGGCCGCGGUUCCCACCUGGAGGAGCAGCCAGGGCACCCGCAGCUCAGUGUCAGGUCACGCCCCGGCGUCCACCCAUUCGGGAAGUCGCCUCCCUCCCCACGUGUGUCGCCCGCGCCCCGGAGCCUAGACACCGAAUUCCCACGGGGCUGUGGGCCCGGAAGCCGCGGUUUCCCCUACCAGCACAGCCUCGACUCUGCAGCGUGCGGGAGGCUGGGCUCACGGAGCUGCUCAAGAUGAGGAGGCGAGCGGGGCUCGGGCGCAGCGGCCUGGUCCCCUGAGUCGCAGCGCGCGCCCUGGCCCGGCCCCGACCCGGCUGCGGCCAUGAGAGCCUGCUGAGGCCAGAGGCGGCGUGGGGAGCCCGGGACCUGCGACUUAGGGAGGGAAUGCCGGCGCGCUCGUGGAGUGGCUCGGAGAAAGUGAAGAAACCCUAAGAUGGAGGACUUUAAUACCAGGACCUACGGCACCACCGGCCUGGACAACAGACCUCUGUUCGGAGAGACGUCCGCCAAGGAUCGAAUCAUCAAUUUAGUUGUUGGCGGCUUAACAUCCUUAUUGAUUCUUGUUACGCUGAUCAGUGCUUUUGUUUUUCCUCAACUACCUCCAAAGCCACUGAAUAUAUUUUUUGCUGUCUGCAUCUCUUUGAGCAGUAUCACUGCCUGCAUACUUAUCUACUGGUAUCGACAAGGAGACUUAGAACCAAAAUUUAGAAAUCUAAUUUACUAUAUCUUAUUUUCUAUCAUCAUGUUGUGUAUAUGUGCGAACCUGUAUUUCCAUGAUGUGGGAAAGUGAAGCUGCCAAGGAGAAAUACGUACCAGGUCUCUUCACAUUUUAAGGACUGAAGUUGUAUUUUAAGGACUGAAGAAGAGCUGAAUAAGGUAUGCUGAAAAAGCUCCUGCAGAGGUCUGAUACACAGUCUUCAUGCUGAUUGUAGAACUAAACGCCUUCUUCCAGGGAAUAUAUACAGCACUUUGCUUUUUCUUUGAGGAGCAGCACUUACACAUUCCAACAGCACAAGUCAUUUUCACUUUUGAAAUAAAGUAUUUUUAUAAUGCUGCAUGGCGAAAGGCUAUGUAACGAACAAUCUUGCAUUUUUAAGACAAAUAAUCUUUUAUUUCUGUUAAACUGAAUAUACAAUUAUUGUUCCCAUGGCAACCAACUUUUGCUUAUAACUACAAUUCAACUUCACGUUAACAAAACACAGACAGUGAAAAGACAACUUUGAUUGUGAAGAUCUAAUUACAAUAAUAAAUAAAAUAAUUUAUACAA